CGCCUCUGCCUCUCGUCUCUGGUCUCUCUCUCUCUCAUUCCGGGACCCGGACCUCGAGCUCUAGCUGCUGCUGUGCUCCUCCUCCUAGUCGCCGGUCGUAGCAGCUUCACCGAGCCCUAGCUAUGACCUUAGCGGCUUAACCCACCGAGCUCGAUCUCUUGCGCUAGCUCGCUCGUCUGACACAGUCUCUCAGUCGGACCCCAAGCUCGAGCUGCUGUGCUGCUCCUUUGAGAGCAAAGAAGUCCCCCUGCAAUGGCGGCCGGGAUGAACUGCAGCUUCCAAAACAGCUUGUGGCUACUGAAUCCUCGUCAAGGGACGAAUUUCAGAGCUGCCCACCUCAGGACUCGGCUCCGUCUCCCUCAAAGUCUCUUCUUUUCUGCUCCUUCUCCAGCUGCCGAUGGAGCUCUGUACUGUACCAAUUCCAGCAACGGCUCAGCAGCGUCUGACACGUUUGUCCUGACGACCCCACUCUAUUACGUUAAUGCCCCUCCCCACAUGGGCAGCGCCUACACCACCAUUGCAGCCGAUGCUAUUGCUCGUUUUCAGAGGCUAUUAGGUAAGAAAGUUAUAUUCAUCACAGGCACUGAUGAGCACGGUGAGAAGAUUGCUACAGCCGCCAGUGCCCAGGGUUCCAGCCCAGGCGAACAUUGCGAUGUUAUCUCGCAAGCUUACAAGUCGCUAUGGAAAGAUUUAGAGAUAGGUUAUGACAAGUUCAUAAGGACGACUGACCCUACGCAUGAGGCUAUUGUGAAGCAAUUCUACUCCCGAGUCCUCGCAAAAGGUGAUAUCUACAAAGCAGACUAUGAGGGGCUCUACUGUGUCAAUUGCGAGGAGUACAAGGAUGAGAAGGAUUUGCUCGAAAACAGUUGCUGCCCAAUGCAUCUAAAGCCAUGUGUUAGAAGGAAGGAGGAUAACUAUUUCUUUGCCUUAUCAAAGUAUCAGAAAUUAUUGGAAGAAACUUUAGUUCAAAACCCAGACUUAGUGCAGCCAUCUUUCCGUCUAAAUGAGGUGCAAAGUUGGAUUAGAAGUGGCUUAAAGGAUUUUUCCAUCUCCCGUGCAUCAGUGGAGUGGGGUAUUCCAGUACCUGGUGAUGAGAAGCAAACCAUAUACGUCUGGUUUGAUGCUUUGUUGGGUUACAUAUCAGCACUAUCAGAGGAGAAAGAACGACCUGAUCUGGAACUUGCUGUUUCCUCUGGUUGGCCGGCUUCAUUGCAUUUGAUUGGCAAGGAUAUACUACGAUUUCAUGCAGUUUACUGGCCCGCUAUGCUUAUGUCUGCUGGUUUAAGCCUUCCGAAGAUGGUGUUCGGACAUGGAUUCUUGACAAAAGAUGGGAUGAAGAUGGGCAAGUCUCUGGGAAACACGCUUGAACCAAACGAUUUGGUUCAGAGAUUUGGAUCCGAUGCAGUCAGGUACUUCUUCCUCCGAGAAGUAGAAUUUGGGAGUGAUGGGGACUACUCAGAGGACCGAUUCAUCAAUAUCGUCAAUGCACAUCUUGCCAAUACCAUAGGGAAUCUUCUGAACCGCACCCUUGGGCUUCUCAGAAAGAAUUGCCAAUCCACUUUGGUGGUUGAUUCAGCUGUGGCUGCAGAGGGAACUUCAUUUAGAGAAACCGUGGAGACUUUGGUUGAAAGGGCUCGGGUUCACUAUGAAAACCUCUCACUCUCCUCAGCUUGUGAGGCUGUUCUUGAAAUUGGUAAUGCAGGGAAUUCUUAUGUCGAUGAACGAGCACCGUGGUCACUCUUCAAGCAAGGGGGCCCCGCUUCUGAAGCUGCGGCCAAGGAUCUAGUGGUUGUUUUGGAAGUGAUGAGGAUCAUAGCGGUCACGCUAGCCCCAGUUGCUCCGAGUUUGUGUCUCAGAAUAUAUAAACAGCUCGGUUACUCAGAGGACCAGUUCAAUGCUCUUACUUGGGUUGACACCAAGUGGGGCGGACUAAAGUGCGGCCAGGUGAUGGCCCAACCAAAACCGGUUUUCGCAAGAAUCGAGACCCAGACAGAGGAGGAAGGUAAGGCUGCAGUAGGCUCAAGGAGUGGCAAAAAGAAGUUAAAAGAGGCAGCUUAAGUUCAGAGAAGUAGCCUAAGCUUUUUAGGUCAAUUUGAGCAGAUAGAUGAAUCUAAUUAACUCAGCAUUCUCUUCCAAAUGACCACCGUUCAAUUCUUGAGUUGGUACUCUUGAUUCAGGAAUGAUGUAUUCUGCAAAUGAGAACGAAGUCAAUUCGAUAAAAUUUUGCUGUGAUUGCUCUGAUUAGCUGAUAUGCAUGUUGAAGUCAGUGCAGUCGUUCGAAUCUUGUUAUGAUUGCUCUAAAUUGCUUAUAUGUACCCUGAAGUUGGUGCAUUUGGGUGUGCAAACCGGGCCAUGUGGUCCGGAACUAGAAUAUGCGGACCUUAGAUUCAGGGGGCAGGGUGAUUAAAUUGGUGUGCAAACUGAAAUUGUAGAAGACAGUGAACAGAGGGAAAUUUGAAAACCUCCCGCCAAGAAACAGAAUCCUUGGCAGAUACUAACAGGAACACACAUUCAUAGAA